UCCUACUCCUUUCAGCUUGUCUGUACGCAUUCACGAUUUCCGUGUUGCAGGAAGAGAAGGAGGUGAUACUCCGCGGACCUACAGGGCUAUGUCCAAGCGAAGAAAGCUCCUCUUCUUCCUAUGGGUGGCUGUCUCCGCCUGCAUCGUGCUCGCAGCCACCAAUUUCGGGUUCUUGGACAAUGCCUUGUUCAGCUUCACACCGAACCGUCACCUGCUGUUCCUUUCGACCGUUCAUACGCUUCACACGCCUCCGAUGGAGGAGGACAGAGUUGUUCAGUCGGAAUCUCCUCCCAUCGAAACGACCUCAGUCCUUGCUGAAGUGACUGGAAGCAUCAGUUGCAAAGACGUGGACGCCCGGCCUCAUCAGGGAAGACGCAAGGAUCACGUCGUCUUAUAUAAUUACCUCUUGUCGGAGAACGCCUUCGCGUGUGGAGAGACAGUGACGUACACCACCCACAGCGAAUACGAAUACCUAGAGAAUCUAGAGCCGCUUGUAGAACGAUGGCGGGCUCCAGUGUCUCUGGCAGUGUAUUCCCCAGGAGAGGACUUCAACACAUCCCUUCAUAGUGCACUUUACAUGAAGAAAUGUCAGUCGGAGUUGAUUCGACGUCUUGUCACUUUCCAUUUCGUCUUUCCACUCGAUCACACUCCCAGCAUCGUCCCACCCGUCGAAGACGUGGACAGUUUUUUCCAGGUGAACUGUUCUUCACCGCCUCCAUGGAACACAACUGAUCCUUCUUAUCGGCAAACUACGAAAGGAACCGCAAAGCAGAUCCUGUAUCCCAUCAACAUACUGAGGAAUGUUGCCAAAGAAAGCGCCACCACUCAUUAUGUGUUUCCCACGGACAUCGAGCUCUAUCCGAGCGACAACCUGGCUCCCAUGUUCAUCGAUAUGGUUCGGCGUUCCCCGACGCUGCUAGAUCCAGAACCUCCUAAGGUGUUCGUGGUAUCCAUAUUCGAAGUGAAGGAGGGAACGGAACCGCCGAGACGGAAGAGCGAACUGGUGGAAAUGCUUGGAAGGAACGUAGCCAUCCCGUUCCACAAGGCCAUGUGUCCCCAGUGCCAUCGCGUGCCCAAAGCCCAAGAAUGGACGAACAAGGCGUCACCCGACCCAGAGCAGCUGAACGUGUUCCAUGUGGCCCAGCGAGAAGGCAACUUCAAGUCCUGGGAACCGAUCUUCAUCGGGACCCGCUUCGAUCCCCCUUACGAUGAGACUCUCACUUGGGAGGGGAAGAAAGACAAAAUGACUCAGAUGUAUGGAUUGUGCGUGCUGGGAUACCAAUUCCACAUUUUGGACAAUGCCUUUCUCGUGCAUAAGCCAGGAAUCAAAAUGUACACCCGGGACAAGUGGAGGGAAAGUCUGGUGGCCCAGCAAAACCAUUACAUUGCCACUUUCUUGAAGUCAAGGCUUGCCUCCAUCUACGGCCAGAAAAAAGGGUGCACGAUUUGAGUCGCUGUGAUCAUAAGCUUGCGAUCUCUUUUUUUUCUCUCCGUUCAUCAAUGUCCCAGUCGGUCAGUGCAAAGCAAGGCACGGACGGUGCUUCAGUACCUAGGGAGUUCGUGAUUCCUUACGGCGAAGUAGGAGGGCGUAGGAGUCUGAUGAGUUCCAGACCCUGGCGUCUCGUUUCUCCCUCUCUUUCUCGGUAACUGGAAGCGAGUAAUUGGAUCGGCGGAGUCGGUGCAGCGCGGUUUCCCCUUUUCCACGCUCGGCUGUUUGGGACUGGAACAGGAGUCGCCACUCCAUUCAGCUCUCUUUCCGUCUGUGACGCCUCCGCGUGAGUCAUGUUAGAGAGGAUGGAGGCAGCCCGCUGGUGGAUCCCGACACGUCAUUUCACUAUGCGUUUCUGCUGUGACAACUGUGAUAUUUUCAUGGAAAUCCCGGGAUGGAGUUUCUCUUACCGAGAGUGGUCUGAAAUAUUUCCUCACGUGGUGCAAUACGCUUGUCUGCGUGGAACUCAUGAGUUUAGCCGAAAAAUGAGAGGCUGUACGUGUACGGAAUGUCGGAGUAAAGUUAUGUUUUUAUCAAGAUCCCCCAUUUUAGAGUUCCAUUAGUGUGGCUUGUACUGCUGUCUGUUCCCCAGAGAAAUAAAUAAACGGCCGCAUUUUUAACCUUCUGAGACCCCUGGGAAAUACGUGGAUUUUUAUCGAGGAAAAUUCAGCAGUUGUCAAUUGCAUUCUCACUAUUUUUGCAUCAUGCCUUAUGAACGCAUCUAAUCUCCGGUUUGCAUUUGAGUCAUGCCAUGAAAUCGAGCGAACGAAUCGAGC